UCAUUGAUGGUGUGCGUUUUUCUACAAUGGUUUUACUCCGAGUUAAUUUUUCUACAGUAUCAAAUAAAAAAUUUUGAUUAUUUUCGUUAUCUUUGGUAAGGGCGGAGAGAAAGGCUGAUCUAGCAGCACUAAGAGAUUUUUUGUAGCUUCCUUCCAUUUGAAUCGAAAUACUGAUAAUUUAGUUUGAUGGUCUUUAUGUUGUCAUUUCUUAGUUGAUUGUUUGAUGUUCAUGUGUGGUCAUUGUACCAGAGUGCUACAAUAUCUAGAGUUUAGAAAAACACUGACUUUAAGUUAUCAGUCACCUGAUUAAAUUCUGUGGAUGUUAUUUCUGGGAUACUAUAGGUAAAUCUCUCUGCAGUAGUGAAAGUAAAUGUUGUUUAACAUGGUGAUAUGGCAAAGUGCAAAUAUUGUGUCUUACAUGCAUUUUAAACAAAAUUUUUAAUCAAAAAGUUUAAUACAAAAAAAGAAAGAAACAUAAAAAAGAAACAUUCAUUUCAUUCCCUUGAAUGAAACCCUUGUACAUGCAGGCUCAAUUUCAUCAGCUCAUCUGUUCCCUAAAUGUCAGGCUCCAAAGUUUGUAACUUGUGAGCUGCUAAGAAGAGUUAGCAAAGUAGAACAUCAUUGUUAGGCAUUGUCAAGCACUCCCAAAAGUGAGUUUUGAUUGAGUAGAUUUAGGACCAAAUAAUUUAUUCUGGGUAAGUGAACUGGCUCAACGAGUUCACUAAAACAAUUUUAAAAUAAUUAAUUCAGGAACCAUAUUUUCUAUAACUAAUCUAUGUAAAGUCACUCUGGGACUUUACUAGUAGUGCUUAGUUAGGAAAAGAACAAACAAUACAAGUCCACAAUAUCAGAUGGAAACUGCUCUGGCAGUCUUCCACUUAGUAGUGGAACCUUAGUUACAUACACACCCUACUGAUUUUAUACAUUUAUUCAAGAGAAAUAUUACAGAAUCUAAGUUAACAUGAGCUACAUAAAAAAUAGUUGUUUUUUUUACUGCAGUUGAAAAAAGAAAAAAUGUAUGCCUUUUGAUAUUAAUAUUUGUUUUUAGGAUGUGGUAUACUGCACUAGACAUGCUAGCCAGGAUCAGCUGUUCCACUCUGUUCUUAAAUUUACAAAUUGAAAAAUAACAUUGUUUUACUCUACAUAUUCAAUCUUUCAUAGCAUAACAUUUUCCUACAGUAGCUUUAACUUUACUUUUCAUUUGUACUUUUAGACUUGUAAUAACUUGUAUACACCAGCUGAUUUAACUUAUAUCACUUGUGUGGGACAUUAGAGGCAGACAGAAGACCUAUUGUCACUUAACCACUGAUUGCAUCUAAUUAAUCAAUCAAUUAAUCAUGAAUUCAUUUAUUUAAAUUCCACAGUUUAUAUGUUACCAUUGUGCUGUAAACAUUCUUGUGCUAUAUUUCUAUUAAACAUUUUUAUUGUCUUUUGUAUUUGUUUUGUUCUCUAAAGGGUGUAUUUUUUCACCAACAAGGAAUGGGUAGGGCACUGUGAAUGCUAUCUUAUUCAAAUAAAUGCUAUCUUACCCAGUGUUCAAGGUCCAGAAUGAUAAGACCAGUUCCAACUGACGUAGACCAAUCUUGAAUUACCUAGAGCAAUAUCUGAUUACAAUUAGCCACAGGUACAGAGCAACACUGUGCUACAUUACAAAGAGCAUCAGGAUUAUUUACCUGGCUCUGGAAAAUGAGAAGGGACUACAGAGUAACACAUGGGUUGACUUGGACUUGGCUGGCAUUGUGGGUUAUUCAGUCUCAGAUCCAUUUAUGUUCGUCUAUGAUAUUUUGGACUGCAUAUGUAGAGGUGCAAUACUUGAGCACAAAGACUAAUCAAACGAUGAUCAGUGUGUGUGAGUGCGGAGUCUAUGGGUCGAAAUCACCUUUGAAACCAGCCUCUGGAUUUGUGGUGCUCCCAAAUUUAGAUUCACUGGCCUGUCAUCCAAAUACCACAUUUACUAUUAAGGAGAAGCCAUGGAUAGCUCUCAUCAAAAGAGGCAACUGUACACAUGCUGCGAAAAUUCAAGCUGCACAGCGAGAGGGGGCAUCGGCUGUAGUUAUUUACAAUCUUGAUGGGACUGGAAAUGGGACAAACAUGAUGUCUCAUGCAGGAACUGGCAACAUAGUGGCAAUCAUGAUUGGAAAUAUCCUGGGCAGAGACUUCACAGAUCUGAUUGAGAGUGGGUCUGAAGUCUAUAUGAACAUAGCAGUGGCUAGCCAACAUGGUCCCUGGAACCCUUUUUGGAUUUACAUUAUGUCUUUCAUCUUCUUUGGUAUAACAGCCAUCAUUCUGGGCUACUUCAUCUUUGUAGUCAUUAGCCGCUUCUACCAAAACCGACAGCUUCGGAUCCAGCAGAGAAAGCUUAAAAAAGUGGCAGAGAAAGCUGUUGCCAAGUUAGAAGUUCGGACACUUCGGCGGACUGAUCCGGAAGUUGAAGCAGAAGAGAGCAGCUGUGUUGUUUGCUUAGAUUCCUUUAUGAGAUGUGAUGUCGUGACAACCCUACCUUGCAGCCAUCUUUUCCACAAAACAUGCAUUGAACCAUGGUUACUGGAACACCACACCUGUCCAAUGUGUAAAUAUGACAUUCUGAUUAAAGAGAUUGCUGCUUGUCACGAAUCCCCCAUACCACCAGCAGAUGUCAGAUUUUGUCCAAGCUCCGUGUCAGGUUUACUGGGCAACUCACCCGGCGUGGUCACAACUCCAGAACAACAAGGAGAAGCCCAAGUAACCUUAAACGCCCAAACUGCUGAAUCUGCCGAAGAGCAAGAAAGCAACAAAAUGGAUCUCAGUUAUCUGAACCCAGCAUUUGAAGAGGAACAGCAGAACCAUCAGGACCCUAAUUAUCAGACACAUUAAGUUUAGAGUUUUCUAUUAUCUAGGAUGCCACUAAAGGAUUGGGGUACAUUUGUGUACCAGAUACAGAAAGUCGUUUAAAUCUCUUCAAACAAUAUAAUAAUCAACCACAUCACCAUGGUUUGCAUGUAUCUAAAUUAGAAUUAUAAAAACUGAAAAUUUGGUUCUUUUGAUAAGGGACGUUGCUAUAAAGGUUUUUAUUUAGAAAAAAUCUACACAUUAGAGGAUGUUGAUUUUUUUUUCAUGGCUAGGUGCUUACUGGUCUGCUGUGCAAAAAAAUAUUUUAUUUUUUCAGUAGAUCUGAAUGUUUAUGAAGUGUGCAAUCAAAUAGUUUAAAAAAAAUUUCCACAUCCUUGCAUAUAAUUACAAUCCUUAAUUACUGUUGAUAAGAAUUAAUGAAUAAAUAUAACUUUUUAUGCCAGAGACUUACUUUUAAAAUUCAAAUGUAUUUUUGUUAAUAAAUGUAAUGUAUAUGUGGUAAAACAUCUGUGGUACAUUAAAUACAGAUAUUUGUUAAUGUGCACAAGCUGAGCUGCUUUAUAUCAUCUUCUGUGUUUUCAGCAUUGUUACUAUUAGAAAACCAUGCUAUGUGCAAUCCUGCUUCCCUUAAUAGUUUAACACUGUGCAAUUCAGCAAUUUCUUGUCACACUGUACGAGAUAAUCCCAAGAAGAAUUCCAUAGGAGACUAAAUUAGAUUAAAUAAGGAAGAUAGUUAUUAUAUUGUCAUAUUGCAACAAAUCAUUAUGCAUUAUGCCACAUCUCUCGUUACUGGUAUUAAAAAAAAAGAUUUGUCCAAUUGCAGCACAGCAAGUAAACCGAGGUACAGCGUGUGCAUUAUUUUUGACAUAACAGUACAGUAGUAGUAAAAUUGCAGUGUUAUAGCCUGAAAUACUGUAGGCUAUGAUUAAAAAAAUCCCUGACCCUAUCUUGCCAUCCACACACGCAUGGCCUUACCUGCAGGAUUUGUUUUAAGUUGUAGAACAGAAGAAAAAGUCUUUCAUAUUCAAAUGCCUGUUCUGCCCAUCUGAGUAACAUAAUUUUGUCUUACAAGAAUUCCCUGUCCAAUUCAAGGAAACAUGUAGAGAUGAUCACAUCCUGUGUUAAUCAUACUGGCGAUUUUCUUUAAUAUGAAAUCUAAUGUUAGCUUGCAACAAUAAAGGAUUUUAUUGUGUAUGUAAAUAAAUCUGUCAUUAUUUUAAUUAUGUUGUGCAUGGCAAGUUAUUCUAAGAAAGCUAACGUAUCAGUAACUCUUGAGCAGCAGUCUGUAUUUACAUUAUUGAUAUUAUACAGCAACUCAAUAACCUAAUAGCUCAACUGUUAUUGUUGAUAUUUGACCAGUCACUAAGUAAAUUUCCUUUUCCAUAGCUUUUUUAUGUAAACAGGAUAAGAUUACUGCACAAAUGCUGUAACUGCCCAUCACACACUAAAGCAUUAACUAAGCACAGAAAUACUGUGCUGAAUUUGAUAUUUUUUUCUUUUGAAUCUGUAUUGCAGCAUGUUUCUAUUAAAGU